AUGUCGCCAGCUCGACACAGCACAACACAACUCAACACAACACAACUCAACACAACACAGCACAACUCAACACAACACAACUCAACACAACACAGCACAACUCAACACAACUCAACACAACACAGCACAACUCAACACAACUCAACACAACACAGCACAACUCGACACACCCCUGGCUCCUUGGCUGAACAGAGCACAGAAGGCCUCUGGUGCUUCCGAGGAGAUGGGCCUUCCCCUGGUCCAGCCCACAUGCCCGGGGAGGACAGAACUUCCACUGAAGACUCUGGGCCUCAGGCACCUAGCCCACAUUCCAGGGUCCACUCGGGCCUCAGCACCUCUGCCAGAGCUGGCCGUGUCUGCCCAGUCAUUCAUUCUGGGGACACUGUCCUGUCCCUGCGUGUGCCUUCCCCCAGGAGUCUGCUCUUUGUGGCCGCGUUUGACCCUGGAAACACCCGCUGCUCUGAGGUCAGUUCCGAGGACAAAGAGGUGGCCACAGCAGCUCUUCGGGGAGCAGAGCCAUCCUUCUUGGGUGUCCUCGCACCUGGGCCUGGAGAAUUCCUGGAGGAGGCUGCUCUCGGGCUGCCCCCUGCCCCACCAGGGCAGCUCUAA